AAACAGGGGACAUCUCCCCCACAAUAUUUGUACUAAAUAUACAAGUGCUAUCAUCAAAGUAGGUAAGAUGGUUACCUGAGGAAGAAGAAUGAAGAAAAAAUAACUAGGUGGGACAGCUGAAUAUAUAUAGUUUACUUGGAGUGCUCAUUUAUUGUCCUUGUUUUUUAUUGUUUUAUUUCUGAGGAAAAUGGCUUCAACCAGAGUGGUCUUUCAGCUCUCAGUAAUCAGUUUCUUGUAUCUCAAUUCUCGACCUACAAUGUGUUCUAAUAUACUAAAGAGUUGUGAGAUUGAUAAGAUAUAUCAGCUUGGAGAUUCUGUUUCUGACACCGGAAACCGGAUGAUAGAGAAUCCAUCAGAUGCAUGCUCCAGGCUUCCCUAUGGCGAGAGUAAUCCUAUGGGACCAACUGGCCGUUGUUCUGAUGGACUACUAAUCAUCGAUUACAUAGCAUUAGCAGCUGGCAUACCAUUGCUAAAUCCGUAUUUGAAAGGCAAGGCAGAUUUUACCCAUGGCGUAAACUUUGCGGUUGGUGGUUCUACUGCAUUGUCAGCAGAUACCUUGGCAGAGAAAAACAUUAUGGUAUCUGGUACCAAGAGUUCCCUUAGCAUUCAACUCGAAUGGAUGUCUGCUUAUUUUGAUUCACAUUGCAACGCAGACUUAGACUGCAGACCUGGAAGUCUAAAAAAUGCCCUGUUUAUGGUUGGGGAAAUUGGAGGUAACGACUACAACUUUGCAUUGGCACAAGGCAAAACCACUAAGGAGGCAGUAAAUAUGGUGCCUGAAGUUGUUGAGAUCAUUAAGAGUGCAGUGAGAAGAGUUGUUGGUCUUGGGGCCGCCCGAGUAAUUGUCCCAGGAAACUUUCCAAUCGGCUGCUUUCCAGUGUCCCUAGAUAUGUUCAAAAGUAAUGACGAAUCAGCUUAUGAUGAACAUCAAUGUUUGAAAGAGCUCAAUGAUUUUGCAGAAUUUCACAACGAGUAUCUACAAAAAGCAAUAACCACAUUGCAAGAAGAGAAUCCCGCCACAACAAUUGUGUAUGCGGAUUACUACAAUGCUUUUAAAACGCUCCUGAUUAAUGCUCCACGUCUAGGAAUUAAUGCAACGUCUGUGUUGAAAGGCUGUUGUGGAAAUAUUGGUAGUUCUAGUUUCACGGAUAAAGGUUGUGGCAGCUCAGAUGUUCAAGUUUGUUCCUAUCCAGAUCAAUAUAUCAGCUGGGAUGGAGUUCAUUUGACAGAAACGGCAAACAGUAUACUAUCCAAGUGGCUCGUUGCAGAUAUUCUACCUAAGCUUAAUUGUGGUCUUCAAAUUACAGAUUAUUAGGAUAAAACGAUACAGUAUGUUAAUAUCUUAUGCGAUACCAUAUGUUUAUCAUGUUGUAAAAUAUGUUGUAGGGAUCUAUGAUAGAAAAUGAACCAUUUGAAACCUAUUUGUUACAGGUUUUUGAUGUAAUUUCUGGAAAAUAACAAGGGGUUCUUCUUGACAAGGACUUGAACUUUCGAAUAUGGAACAUGCUAUUUACCAAAGUGUUGGAAAUUUGGAAUAUAAGCUUCUUUUGAGCCUUGAUUAUUA